GUUUACAUGGUAUUUUGUUGUAGAAAAUGUAGAAUAGAAGUAGUGAUAGUGUUUAAAAUCAAAAUAAGAUUAGUGUUUCCAGUGAAAUUAUUAAUUUACCUGCUACGCUGCCAAUAAAAUCGUUCCGAACUGCUUUUUCCAGUUUUCCGGUGAUUGCGAACGCAGUUUCCCUUUCACCGUUUUCUUUCCGAAUCAGAAAUCUAAUGAAGUAUCUGAUCAGUGAUCAGUGACCAGAAGAGCAGAUAAGACGUUGUGAAAUCGUGUUUGGUGCUGAUGAUUGGCUGUGUUUGGGCCUUGAUGAUGUUGUAUGGUCGAUUUUAAAACGACUGAAACGUCCGUCAGCUACAGCAAUAAGUGGAUUACUGGCGGCGUAAAGGAGAGCUAAUGCUGGAGCUGUGAAUUUUACAAUAGAGUAUUACGUGUCGAGGAGGACAGCUUUGUCGUUGGAAAUUGGCAUGGCGCAGAUUUCACGAGUUUAGUUGGAAAAUGAGACCGCAAAAUGUACGCUCUUCGUGCUGGUUUCGAUUGUACUCGUGCAUAUAUUAGAUAGUACCUACGCGUAUGUAAAACUAAUGGAUGAAAAAUGGACCACUACGCCUCUUCGAAAAACUGCGCUGCAAAUCGUUCCAAUAAAGCUUCGGUUUGGUUUGUGAAGGAUAUUUGCGGCAUUAUUUGCGCCUGUUUGACGUGGAUGUUGAUGCUGUACGCCGAGUUCGUUGUUUGCUUCGUCAUAUUAUGGCCGACCACGCGAUUGUUUUAUCGUUAUUUCAACGCCGUCAUAUUUCAGACGUUCACGUUAUUCGCAUUUAUAUCGCAUUUGCGCACCAUGUUCACAGAUCCGGGUGCGGUGCCCAAAGGAAAUGCGGCAAAUGACGCUUUCAUUCCAGAUGGCGUACGUAACGGACAGUUGAUAUUCAAGUGCCCCAAGUGCUGCAGUUUUAAACCUGAAAGAGCGCAUCAUUGUUCCGUCUGUCAAAGAUGCAUCAGGAAAAUGGAUCAUCAUUGUCCGUGGGUCAAUAAUUGCGUCGGUGAAAAUAAUCAGAAAUAUUUCAUCCUCUUCACGUUCUACAUUACGGUGAUCUCUUCUCACGCGCUGUUCUUGUCGAUAAAUCAAUUCAUCACUUGCAUACGCAGCGAUUGGAGAGAAUGCUCGGUAUUUAGUCCUCCGGCCACCAUAAUAAUGAUCCUGUUUUUGGUUUUCGAAGCUCUGUUGUUCGCCAUAUUUACGUUGGUCAUGUUUGUUACGCAAUUACAAGCAAUAUGGAUUGACGAAACGGGUAUCGAACAACUGAAAAAAGAGGAAGCCAGAUGGGCUAAAAAAUCAAAAUGGAAAAGCUUGCAAACGGUUUUCGGAAGAUUUUCACUGGCGUGGUUUUCGCCUUUCACGCUACCGCCAUCCAAGAGUAAACUCAAUAGUUACCUUUACUCAGUGUGAGUUUGCAUAUCGAUAUCGAAUCGAAGAGCAUGUUAUUUAACCAAUGUUGGACGAGUACAUACUCGUACCUGGCUAUCUGCGCGAAUACUACUUGCAGACAGCGUGCUGCGUCUCUGCAUACACCUAUUCAAGUGCUGCGAUAUUAUUCGUUUUGGUACUCUUACAGAGGUACCUACGUAUUGGUAAAUUGGUAGUUUCUGAGUACUAUGUACUGAGCAAGUGGUGCAAGUACUACAAGUACGAGGAACGCUGCACCGUGCUGCUCCUUACGUUUCGUGUAUCCUCAGUCGUCAAUCAUCGUAUUUACAAUGUCGCGGUAUUAACCGUACCUACCUAUUUACGUACUCAACUCUUUUUACUGUACCCCUGAUACGUACGUAUUUACCUACAAGUAUUUACCUACAGUAUAUAGCGAUAGCAGGCUAGCGGGCUGGAUAUCAUGUUUGGCGCAACUGGUCGCGCAAGUUUACUGUCGCAUGUUAUGUUUUGUUUCUACUUAUACAUACUUAAUUUACCAAGUAUAGUACCUCUAGUUACAUAUGUUUUUUUUAGCUCGUCUACGCGCAUAAGUUAUUUUUAAUUUUAUAGUCGGUGCAAUAAAUGGUCAAACUUUU